CUGUAGGCUAGUGCGCAUGACGAUACGAUGUAUACGAUGAACUCGCCAAAAUCUCUACAUAUUCCACAAAAAUGAUAACACCGGCACAAAAUUUAAACUUUCUGCAUUUAAGCUAACUGUCAACAGAUUGCAGUACAAUGCCUACUUUGAUUAAUUGAAAUUGUGUGCUAAAUGUAGAAUAUACAGUCAAGCUUCACUAAACGACAUUUAAAACAUAGCUUCCGACGCGUACUAACUGGCUAUACCACGGACCACCACGUGAAACAAAAUUUUCACAGGAAACUAUUACAAUCAAAAUAAAAUUAUCAUUAUUUGGAACUGGGUUUUGGUCUGCUUGAUAACAUUAAAUAAGAACAAUUGCAAUAUACCGUGCUUUGCAAUAACAUAAGCAAAUGUAAGCCAAUAUGUAAAGAAGUGAAUCUAAAUUUAUACAAAGAAUUACCUUAAUAAUGAACAAGUAAACCCCUUUUUAAGAGUCUCAUCCUUAUUGCGCUCAAAAAACACAGCGCAUUUCGUUUUGUUGUUAGCGAAUUAAAGAUAGAUAUUCAUUAGCCGUGCGUGAGCUCCGCAUAGUUCAUCGAGCUGUUCGCUUUGUUCAUAUCCAUCACUUUCUCCGAGCCCAAAAUUCAGGUCACUCUUCGGUAGGUUCAUCGAAGCCCUAGAUAUGUAGCAGGUUGUUCCAAAAGUUUGUUGUUGAUUCGUUGAUUGGCCGUGCGCGUUGAAAUAUUGACUUUUUGACUAUUGAUUAUUAAUGCUUCAAUUAAAAAUGGUACAGUUUAGACAAAUAUAUGGCAAUCAGAAAAAAAACAUAAGGUAAAAAAAUACACGAAAAAGUUGCAGAAUAAAGUGUGUUACGGAAUGCAAACCCUGCACACUUCUCUCGAAAGCAUCAUAUAUUGUCACACUUUGUGUACCGGCGUUGUCUAGCCAGUAUCAAUCGUCAGUAGUAGCAGUAUUUGUAACACUCGGGCCAAGUGUAGACAGUGCGAACAGUUCUAAAACUUUUACCUGUAACUUCACCCUCAACUUCGAUCCCAAAUUUGUAUGUUUCAAAUCUAAUUCCGCACCCUAACCCUCCCAACAAAAACAAAACACCAUGCAACGCAUUCCGAAUCCCGCUAAAGUGGCCCUCCGCCAGCGUAUCAAGCAGCAGCUGCACGCGCUAACGCCCGCCGAACGUCAGCGACAAUCGAGCAUCAUCAUCGACAAGGUUACGGCACUUCCGUUCUACGAGCAGUGUCAAAGGAUUAGCGUCUAUCUCAGCACCGACACCGAAGUCAACACCCGGCCCCUGCUGGAGCGCAUGUUUCAGCAACGCAAACAGGUUUUUGUGCCGACGUACAACAGGACCGCGAUGAAAAUGGUACGAAUCAAUGAUAUGGAGGAUUACGAGCGGCUACCGACGACCACGUGGAAUAUCAAGCAGCCCGCCUUCGACGAUGUAACGCGCGAUGAUGGUCUCACAACAGGACUCGAUCUAAUCAUUCUGCCCGGUGUAGCGUUUACCCGUGCAGGUGGGCGUCUCGGUCACGGUGGUGGAUAUUAUGAUCGAUUUUUGCACGAGUACUUUGGCAAACAUCCCAACGGCCCGCAGCACACCACCCACCUGGUGGGGGUCGGAUUUAGCGAGCAAAUUGUGGCGGCCGACGAGUUGCCGUCCGACGAGCACGACGUAUCGAUUGAUUGCACUGUAACGGCGGAUUGAAUAAUGUAGCGAGCGACCGGUAUUGUGCCGUUUAAUUGCAGCCUGUUGAAUACUCAGAAUGGGUGGAGGUUAGAAUCACAAAGGGUAAAGGGUUUGGUUUUAAAGUGCCCAUACCAAACACUUUGGACGUCAAAGGUCUUUUUUUAAUUUUCAAAGAAAAUAUAAGUAAUACGAAAUUCAAAUUAUUAAUUGCAUUCCAAUUCCCAAGAUUCGACGUAUUGGCCUCGAACCAACCAAUACUAACCCAUUCGACCCCACGGCUGUUUCAAAUCAAUUUAUAAAACAUUUUCAAUUAAUAAACUUUUUUCCCUCUCGACUGUUUCCUAAUAAA